GUCAAGGCGCUUCAGUAAAGUGUGUGAUUCUAGAGAGYAGUUGAGUUUGGACAGUGUACACCCGUGACACUGUUUUGUAUAUAAUCUGUCAUAAAUAAGAUACAUAUUUGCAGCUGUAUUCUGUAAAAUGGUCGGGGUAAAGGUAAUCGGAAAUGAUUCKGAAUUCCAACCUGAGCUAGCAGAAGCCGGCUCAAGGCUUGCGGUAGUGAAGUUCACAAUGGCCGGGUGUCGACCCUGUGUCAGAAUAUCCCCUCCUUUCAACAUGUUGAGUAACAAGUACCCACACGUAAUUUUUCUUGAAGUAGAUGUACACGUCUGUCAGGCAACGGCUGCCGCCAACAACAUCUCUGCAACGCCAACGUUUUUGUUUUUCCGUAACAAAGUGCGAAUUGACCUGUAUCAAGGUGCAGAUGCCUCAGGAUUAGAGGAGAAGAUCAAGCAGCAUGUAGAAAACGACCCUGGAAGCAACGAGGACUCAGACAUUCCCAAGGGAUAUAUGGACCUGAUGCCGUUUGUGAACAAAACUGGCUGUGAGUGCCUAAAUGAGAGUGACGAAAGCGGCUUUGAAAACUGCUUAGUCAAGGACACCACCUACCUGGAGUCUGACUGUGAUGAACAG